GGCGACGUGAUCGGUCGAUCGAACACUCGUUGCUGUUGUCGUCGUCGUCGUCGUCGUCAUCGUCGUCGUAUAUUUGUGCUUUUACAACUCUGCUUAACGCAUCUUGCACAACAGCGCGCGCGCGCAAAUGCUUAAAGCUCUCUCUUGUGACUCUCUCUCUCUAUCUCUCUGUGUGUGCCUGCUGCGUACUUGCGGCACAGGCAAGUCAAGAAAACCUGUGAAUGCCAAGUGUAGACAAAUUGUAGAUAAAAAUAAAGUAAAAUAAAAUGAAAACGUAAAGAAGAUAUGAAAGUGUGAAAUCCAUCUGUAAAAGCUAUAGAAAACCAAAAGAUCAUCACUCGAUGCAUUUUAAGUUGUCAUCAAACAAACAUUGACAAAGUUAAUAUUUUGGCCUUGAAAUGUUUCCAAAUCAAAACAAUUUGGGUGCUGCGGGUGCAGCAGGCGAUGCCCAGCAGCAGAGCCUAAACUACAAUGGCCUACAGCAGCAGCAGCAGCAGCAACAGCAACAGCAGCAGCAGCAACAGCAACAGACUCAGCAAUUGUCACAGUCCACGAAGAACGUGAGAAAGAAACCGUAUGUGAAGAUAACGGAACAGCCCGCCGGCAAAGCGCUGCGUUUUCGCUAUGAGUGCGAGGGUCGCUCGGCCGGUUCCAUUCCCGGCGUGAAUUCGACGCCCGAGAACAAGACCUAUCCAACCAUCGAGAUUGUCGGCUACAAGGGACGCGCUGUCGUUGUUGUGUCCUGCGUCACCAAGGAUACGCCAUAUCGUCCACAUCCACACAAUCUGGUAGGAAAGGAGGGCUGUAAGAAGGGCGUCUGCACCCUGGAGAUCAGCAGCGAGACAAUGCGAGCCGUGUUCAGCAAUUUGGGCAUUCAGUGUGUCAAGAAGAAGGACAUUGAGGCGGCACUGAAGGCGCGCGAGGAGAUUCGCGUGGAUCCAUUCAAGACUGGAUUCUCGCAUCGUUUUCAACCCUCGAGCAUCGAUCUGAACUCGGUGCGCCUGUGCUUUCAAGUAUUCAUGGAGAGCGAGCAGAAGGGCCGCUUCACAUCGCCUCUGCCGCCCGUCGUCUCCGAGCCGAUCUUCGACAAGAAGGCCAUGUCCGACCUGGUUAUAUGCCGGCUGUGCAGCUGCUCGGCCAGCGUGCUGGGCAACACGCAAAUCAUUUUGCUGUGCGAGAAGGUGGCCAAAGAGGACAUCACGGUGCGCUUCUUCGAGGAGAAGAACGGGCAGACGGUGUGGGAGGCCCUGGGUGAUUUCCAGCACACGGACGUGCACAAGCAGACUGCCAUUACGUUUAAGACGCCGCGAUACCAUACGCUUGACAUAACGGAGCCCGCCAAGGUUUUCAUACAGCUGCGUCGACCGUCGGACGGCGUUACCAGCGAGGCUCUGCCCUUUGAAUACGUGCCAUUGGAUUCAGAUCCAGCACACUUGAGGCGGAAACGUCAAAAGACUGGCGGCGAUCCCAUGCACCUGUUGCUCCAGCAGCAGCAGAAGCAGCAGCAUCACAAUGAUCAUCAAGAUCGUCAAAACAACAUGAACUGUUGGAAUGCGCAGAAUAUACCGCCUAUCAAAACUGAACCAAGAGAUACCUCACCACAGCCGUUUGGCUUGUAUCGUGCUCCGCCGGAGUUGACGCCCUCUCCGCAGCCAUUGUCCCCGUCAAGCAAUUACAAUCAGAACAGCACUCCGUCGCCAUACAACAUGGCAGCUGCAGCAGCGGCGCCCAGCAAUGCACAACAGCAGCAGCAGCAGCAACAGAUGAUGUCGCCGAACCAACACCAGCAGCAGCAACAGCAGCAGCAGCAAUAUGUUGCUGGCGGCGCUGGCAACCUGGAGCUGGGCAACAACUACAAUCCCUUUACGCAACAACUGUUGGCCCAACAUCAGCAGCACCAGCAACAGCAGCACCAGCAACAACAUCAACAACAACAGCAACAACAGCAACAGCAGCUGCAGUACAACACCAAUCCGAAUCCCUUUGUAACCGCUGGCAGUGCAACGCAUUGGGAGACCAAAUUCUCAGCUGCUGCCGUUGCUGCUGCUGCCGCUGUGAACGCAGCGCCAGCUGUUGCCAACAGCAACAACAACAACAACCUCAGUAAUCUCAACAAUCCAUUCACAAUGCACAACUUGCUGACGUCGGGCGCGGGCGCUGCUGGCAAUCUGCAAUGGAACCUGACCACGAAUCACUUGCAAAAUCAACAUACACUGCAGCAACAUCAACAGCAGCAGCAACAGCAGCAACAAUUGCAGCAGCAGCAGCAGCAUAUAACACCAAUGCAUCAGCAGUACGGCAACACCAACAGCAACAACGAUAAUAGCAACAACACAAACAACAACAACAACAAUGAUAACGGCCCCACGAUCAGUAACCUGCUGAGCUUCGACAGCGAGCAGCUGGUACGAAUCAAUUCGGAGGACCAGCAAAUGCUGCGCCUCAAUUCAGAAGAUCUGCAAAUAUCAAACCUAUCCAUAUCUACGUAAUAUUACUAAUCUAAUCUAUAAACUCUGUUGUUAUAAGCCCCAAUUCCUGUGUGCUUCAUGCAAACUGUAAAAUGUGUGUUUUUAGUAUAAUUCCUUUGAAAAUACGAAUAAAUUAAACGUUUUAGAAGUAA